AUGGCAAAGAAGGAAACGUUUCGUGAACGACAAGAAAACGAGCUAGAAGUGAUAAAGUCCAUUUUUCACGAUGAAGUUGAAGAUUUGCGACCGAGGAAUGGGAAGUGGAAACCCUUGGAGCUACGAUUGCAUCUUACGCCUCAGAGAGGAUCUGCUAAGGAAGCAUACGUGAAGGCGGACCUCUACAUCAGCUGCUCGGCAAAGUAUCCAAAGUGCUCACCGAAGCUGGAGCUAAAGAAUGCCGUCGGACUGUCCGACAGUUUGGUACGCGAGUUUACCGAGAAGCUUCAGCAGCUAGCCGAUGACUUGAAAGGGGAAGUGAUGAUUUUUGAGCUGGCCAACAACGUACAAGCCUUCCUGCAUCAGCACAAUGUACCACCGAAGGGUAGCUUCUACGAUGAAAUGCUGGCCAAUCAGCAGAAACAAGCGCUGGCCCGGCAAAACACGCUGCAGGCCGAGGAAAACCUCAAGCGGCAAGCAAUGCAGGACGAGCUGCAGCGACGUAAGAAGGAGCUCGAGCGCACUAGGAGGGAAUCGCGCCAGAGCCUGAACGAGUCGAGCCCCAUGCACCGAUUGCACUCAACCUCUUCGACGGAGAACAGUGACGGUGCGUUCUGUUUCGACCAUCGGCGCAGCGAGUUGCUUUACUUUCGGGACGGUCGGAAAGUUCUUCGGGGCUCUUGUUUGGGACACUCUCAACGUGGAUGCAUCGCGUAUGCUGGAAUUGAUCAACAAACCGGCGAGCUGGUAUAUCUUACGGAGUGGACGCUGUGCUACGAUGGUGAACCGAUGGCUGAAGCCAGAACCAUCCGUGGUAGACCGGUGGAAACAGUUGUGGGAGAUAUGGAGCGAAUGUUGGAAAGUUUAAUCCCUCUGAAGCAUAAGCAUUUGAUCGCGUACGAAGGCAUCCUGUGUAGGAUGGGCAAGGAAGCGUUGACACUGUUUGUGGUGCAGGAAUUUAUUCUCGGAACGAGCUUAUUCAGUAUUUCCGGUUCUCUCGGUUGGAGUGUCGAGGGUGCUAGCAUGGUGGCGAAAGGAACGCUGGAAGCAUUGAUCUACCUCCACAACAAUGGUGUAUCGCACGACAAUCUGUCCGAUUCGACCGUAUUUAUGGAUAAUGCUGGAAUGGUGCGUGUUGCUGACUUUCGUUUGAUACCUUACAUUCAGGAGUUGGAAGAUGGCCAACAUUUGCUGCAUCAAUCGCUUCGUACCUCAGAUUUGCCAGCUCUGGGUGGGGUAAUCGAAGCGCUUCUUGCACCUCACUCGGAGAUGAAAGAUUUCGUCGAAAGAUGUAAAUCGGAGCGAACCAUCUCGGCCACCGAAUUACUUGAUCAUCCAUUUUUAAGGCCAACUCUAAUGCACACGGAUCCUACAGCGGCUGUGGGUCAUCAGCAGCUCUCGGUGGCAGUGCAGAAAACUCAACACGGCCCAACGGUUGGUCAGCGUUCGGAAAACGGCCAACAACAUCUCGUACCGUACAUGCCACUCGUAAUGAAUGGUUCCGGAACCGGGCACGAAAAGUCACGCAUUCAGACAGAGUUCGAACUGCUUUCUUAUCUCGGAAAGGGAGCAUACGGCGACGUGCUGAAGGUGCGUAACAAGCUGGACAAUCGUGAAUAUGCGAUCAAGCGCAUACGAUUACCGGCUCGAAGUAAACAGUUCUACAAGAAAAUGAUCCGCGAGGUGGAACUCCUGUCGCGACUGAAUCACGAAAAUGUCGUCCGGUACUACAACAGCUGGAUGGAGGCAACAAGCGCCUCCGAAAUAACGGUCACCGAUACGGAAGGAGAAAUGGCCGGAAUGCUGAGCAGUUGCGAGUGGUCUGUUGCAACUGGACCAAAGAGAAGAGCUUCGCGCGUCCGCCGAAGCGCCACAGGUGCUGACGUGGUGAAGAAAGCUAUCAGCGAUAAGAAUAUCGAUUGCUUCGUAGACUUCAUGCCUAACGACUCGAGCAGCGAUGAUGAUGAUGAUGAUGACGACGAUACAAAUGAUCUCGAUGAAGAUAGCAGCAGCAGCAGCAGCAGCAGUACUGCUGAUGAGAGUAGCGAUUCCACCGACGAUCACCGUAAAUUGGACGAUCAAAGCGUUGACGACAGUUCGGGAGGGAUAGAAUUCGUAGGAUCAAACGGUGAGGCACCUUCGUACAAUAGUUAUGGAGAAGAUUUGGUGGAACAGAGCGGUAUUGGUGAAGGCAAAAAGCUGCCAGCCGUUACGACACACAAUCUGCCCGAGGUACUGUACAUGUACAUCCAGAUGGAGUUUUGCGAGAAGAGCACGCUACGAACGGCGAUCGAUGGUGACCUGUACCAGGAUAUUGAUCGCGUCUGGCGCCUGUUCCGAGAAAUCGUGGAAGGUUUAAGCCACAUCCAUCAGCAGGGAAUGAUCCAUCGGGAUCUGAAACCGGUCAACAUUUUCCUCGAUUCGCGGGAUCAGGUAAAGAUUGGCGAUUUUGGUCUUGCGACAACCAGCAUUCUGGCCCUUCAGAAUCAAGGCCAUCAAAACGCACCGUCUACGCAAAUCGAUACACUACCGGGAAAGUCCUCUGACAUUGGUUACUCGCUAACGGGCAAGGUUGGCACUGCCUUGUACGUGGCACCAGAACUAACAGGCAACGCGUCUCGCUCUACGUACAACCAAAAGGUCGACCUAUAUUCGCUCGGUAUUAUAUUGUUCGAAAUGAGCUCUGCACCACUAAACACCGGGAUGGAGCGCGUUAAAACGUUGAUGGACCUUCGGUCGGAGUUGAUUAGAUUGCCGGAAACGCUUCUCUCCGAUGCGCGCUACAGUCGAUUGGUGCAGGUGAUCCGCUGGCUGUUGAGUCACGAUCCCCAAAAGCGUCCCACCGCGGAGGAACUGCUCUGUUCCGAGCUUGUUCCACGUACACGUCUCGAAGCCGAGGAAAUACAGGAUGUGGUGAGACACAUUCUAUCGAAUCCUCAAUCACGGCACUACAAACAUCUGAUAGCGCGCUGCUUUGCGCAGGAAAGUGAUCCGGUCUGUGAGUUAAGCUACCACUUCGACAUGGUACCGAUGGUACCGGUACUACCCCGUUUCGAUUACGUGAAAGCGAAGCUGGUCGCUCUCUUCCGGAAGCAUGGAGCGAUUGAGAUCGUUACGCCACUGCUAACGCCAUAUACGAAACAGCACGCUGCCCGGUCGAACACGGUCAAGCUAAUGACACACUCCGGUAGCGUGGUGACCUUACCGGACGAUCUGAGGGUACCGUUCUUGCGGUACAUCGCGCUAAACGGUAUCAAAAACAUUCGCCGCUAUUCGAUCGGGCGUGUGUAUCGCGAGAAAAAGGUAUUCAACUUUCACCCGAAGCAGCUGUACGAGUGUGCAUUCGAUAUUGUGACUCCUAGCAGGGGACAUCUCAUCACCGAUGCGGAACUGCUAGCAAUUGCGACGGAUGUGAUGCGGGAGCUAGAUUUGCUUCAAGGGCGAAACGUGUUCUUCCGCCUCAACCACAUCGGACUGUUGCGGGCGAUACUCAUACACUGCAAUGUGCCACCGGACAAAUAUCGCGAACUGUUCGAACUUGUGGCCGAAUAUCUCGAUGAAAAAAUCUCGAAAUUUCAAUGUUCGUCGCAGAUAAGCGCUUUGCUGGUAGGUGCCACAGCGAAGGUAAACGUGAACUAUCUGUGUGAAGCGCUGCAACUAGAGCUAUCGUCCGUUGAACUGCUUGGUGGCAGCAUCCUUAAGAGCAUUAUCCGUGGCAAGGGUGAGGCAGCCAGUCUGGCGAAGGUAGCCGUCCGUGAUCUCGAAACGGUGGUUGCUUCGGCACAGAACAUGGGCGUACAGUGUCCGCUGAACGUGUGCCCCGGGCUACCGGUGAAUUAUGAGCGCGCAAAGACCGGUGGCAUUGUUUGGCAGAUGCUCGGUGAGCUGAAGUCGAAACGUAAAAAUCCUCUCACAACGAUCGCGGUCGGUGGACGAUACGACGGCAAAAUGGCAGAGUUUCAAAAAUCCGGAAUAAACAACGGGCUUCAAGUACCGAAAGUGGAUCUAAGCGGUGCCGGGUUUUCCUUCCUGCUCGAUAAGCUUGUAAACGCUAUUGCCCCAACGGCCGGGUAUGAACCGAUCGAGGUGCUGAUUUGUGUGACCGGAUCUCGACCGCAGCUCAAAGAGGUCGCCCAGAUUUUGAGACCGCUCUGGUCGAACGGUAUCAAAACGUGCGUGAUGGAAACGAGUGCUGGUGCGGUGGAUGAUCUGGGCAAGGAGGCCGGGGCCAAUGUGGUCAUACUGCUAGGAGAUGGCGGAGAACUACGUGUGCGCUCAUGGAACCAUGAUCGCUUUCAAGAACGGCAUGUCACCCGUCCCGAUUUAAUGGCAUACAUUCUGCGUACGUUCCGCCGAUCGGAUGUGAGCACGGGCGAAAUUUCUCAAUCGCUUCAAACCACCUCCCUCGGUGGAUCUUUAACGUCCGCAUCCUUUUCCUAUUCAUCGUCGUUUACGGCCACCUCGACGUCCGCCUCGAUGAGGCUCAGUUCAGCUGGGUCGACCGCGGCCAAUCAACAGCAAACGAUCAACAACUCUCCAGCACUCAACCUCGUGUUUCUGACCAGUGAGAAGGUCAAUACGAGCAAAAAGCGCCGCUACGAGCAUCAAGUUGAGCAUAAGCUAUCUCCCGUGCUGUCCAAGUUUCAUCGCAAGGAAAAGGUCACGCUCAUUAUGGUGGAUGUGCCAAGUGCUCCGCUUCGCGGGCUAGUUGGUUUGAUUGAUCCACUUGAGUGUGGAUCCCAGGAGGACGACGAUUUGGUGCCCGGGUCCACUACCGAUCGCGCAGAGCUGCAAAGCCUGUGCGAACGGUAUCCCAAGCACAAGCGGCAGCUGAUGGAAAUCUACAAUGAAAUAGUCGACCUUUUUGCCCAAAGCAAGGGAACGACACCAAUCGUCGGACUGUACAGUGUCAUCGAUUCAUUCUGCCGGUUAAUCCUGUGA